AGUCCAAGGUCUGCUCUCAAAGUACACAGUUGCUACCUAGGUAGUUUGCUGCAAAGAUUUAAAGACGCCUACCCCGCUUUCACCCUUCGAUGUUGUAGUAAAGGCAAAAUGUGCGAUAACUGGCAGCAAACAAUUGACGUCCUUCAAGGACCGAACCCAAUUUUUGACAAGCCUAAGCUUUCUGAGAAGCUGCUAGUGAAGCCACCUUUCCGCUUCCUGCACGAUGUGGUAUCAGCGGUGCAAAGUGCUACUGGAUUUGCGCCAGGGCUGUAUCAGGGAGAGGAGCUAGAUGGGAAGGCCAUUCAGGAGAAAGAUGCAAAGGUUGCCUACCUUCGUAAGGCCAUCGACGUUGUCAGCAUUGUCCUAGGGGAACAAUGUCCCGCCCGGCCCAACAAGAUUGUGGCUGGUUUAGAGCCGGAAAACACAAAUGUCUUCCUGCAAAUGCUGGGACGGGCAUGCAGAAAGAACAACGGUGCUGACGCCGUAAAGAAAGUGUUGGGAGCAGGUGGCGCGGACGCAGCCCCCAGCAAGCCCGCCGCGGCCCCACCACCGCCGGCUCCGGCCCCAGAGCCCGCACCUGCGCCUAAGGAGAAGGAGAAACCCCGCGCUGAACCCUCGCCAGCACGGAAACCCCGCGAGUCUACCGUGGAGAAGCCUCCGUCCAAAUCACGACCGAAGCCAGAGGACCCGCCCGCGAAACCACCACCGAAGAAGCGGGAGGAGCCGCCUGCGCCGCCCCCGGAGAAGGAGAAGGAGAGGGAGCGGCCCAAACCCAAGCCAGCGCCAGUUGAGGAGGCCCCGCCGCCUCCGGAGCCGCCCGUGCGUGCUCCCUCGCCCGGAGGAGAGGACCCGCUCAACCGGACCGGGGGUGGGCAGCCCAAGUUCCAGAGGCCGACCUCGGCCCGCAAAGCGCCUCCACGCGUGCCUCAGCCGCAACAGCCUGUGUUGGGCACCGGCAUCCGGCCAGGAACCGCACAGCGGCGGACGAACGACGUGAAGCCAGCGUCAGAGUCCAAGGUGAACAAGCCGGUGGCUUUGUUCUCAGAUAACGUCAAGGGCGAUUCGGACGACGAGGUGGAGGUGGUGCACGAGCAGACGCCGGUGCUGACAGGCGGGGCGACACUUAAUGGAGAGCAGGGUGUCCUGGUGAAGGACAUCUUGGCAGCGGAAAAGGGUCUCAAGAAAGCGGGUGCGGAGGCAACAGCUGAGACAGCUGACACGGCCGACCAGGGCGGCACUGGCAUCAUCCUGAAACGCCUGGGCAAGCCGGCCGGUGGUCCCGCGGGUGGUGCUGGCGGGCCGCGCACGCACGACCCCGCCUUCGUGCGGGACCUGGUGCAGAAGCUCUGCCAGAGCAGCACGCCGCUGGCCAAGUCCAUGGACUAUCUGCAGGAGGACAUUGAGAACAUGCGCAAGGAGUACAAGUUCUGGUUGACGGAGAAGCGCAUGUACCAAGAUGAGCUUGCACGCGAGCUGCGGCUGCAAGGCGAGGCCGCCAACGUCGACGCCCAGCUUGCUGAUCUGGACGGCCAGAUCAAGCAGGCACGCGACCGCAUCAUUGGCCUCAAGGGCCAGAUCCUGCGCAACGAUGAGGCGCUGGGCAAGCUGCUGGCCAUGGCUACCGCUGGGAGGUAACGCGGAGGAGCAGGCGGACGGCCGCGGCCGACGAGGGGGCGCCGGCGAAGAGGGCAAUGGGGAACGCCGGUGCAGGGCAUAGCAUUGUAGAGAACCUAGUGCAGUGCGUGACAGGUGGUGUAAAACGUUUUAUCCCAGGGAGGGCAGUAACCCCGUUAACGGUUAUUAGGUGGCUGCAAGCCAUGCGCCUGUCUGGCUGUAGUGCUGUGGCUAUCGGGGCGUAUGAUGACGGCUGCGGGCUUGCACUGUGUAGCGAUACCCUUUCCUUUAAGAGCAGUGCUGGAAAGCAGUUUGCUCUAGCGGGCGCUGUAUAUAACGAUUGGCAUGGCUAACUACAUAACUAGCGACUUUCAAUUAGAGGAUGACACAAUAAAAGGUGUACCCGGUGCGAUGGUACCCGGUGACCGCAUGCCUGUGGAUCGAAUGGCAAUGGGCGGCGUUGCAGUCUGAACAUGCGACAUUCCUUGGACCACUGCGGUGAUGUA